AUGAAACGACAUCAAUUCAAAUCCUGGAUCUUCGAAUUGAGAGAGAUAUGGAGAGAGAUCAAGAAUUCUCACUAUUUCUUAGAUUCAUGGAUCAAAUUCGAUUCAGUGGGAUUUUUCACUCACAUUUUUUUCCACCAAGAACGUUUUAUGAAACUCUUUGACCCCCGAAUUGGGAGUAUCCUACUUUCACGUGAUUCACAGGGUUCAACAAGCAAUCGAUAUUUCACGAUCAAAGGUGUAGUACUGCUUGUAGUAGCGGUCCUUAUAUCUCGUAUUAACAAUCGAAAGAUGGUCGAAAGAAAAAAUCUCUAUUUGAUGGGGCUUCUUCCUAUACCUAUGAAUUCCAUUGGACCCAGAAAUGAGACAUUGGAAGAAUCUUUUUGGUCUUCCAAUAUCAAUAGGUUGAUUGUUUCGCUCCUGUAUCUUCCAAAAAGGAAAAAGAUUUCUGAGAGUUGUUUCAUGGAUCCGCAAGAGCGUACUUGGGUUCUCCCAAUAAAUAAAAAGUGUAUCAUGCCUGAAUCUAACCGGGGUUCGCGGUGGUGGAGGAACCGGAUCGGAAAAAGGAGGGAUUCUAGUUGUAAGAUAUCUAAUGAAACCGUAGCUGGAAUUGAGAUCUCAUUCAAAGAGAAAGAUAGCAAAUAUCUGGAGUUUCUUUUUUUAUCCUAUACGGAUAAUCCGAUCCACAAGGACCGUGAUUGGGAAUUGUUUGAUCGUCUUUCUCCGAGGAAGAAGCGAAACAUAAUCAACUUGAAUUCGGGACAGCUAUUCGAAAUCUUAGGGAAAGACUUGAUUUGUUAUCUCAUGUCUGCUUUUCGUGAAAAAAGACCAAUUGAAGGGGAGGGUUUCUUCAAACAACAAGGAGCUGAGGCAACUAUUCAAUCAAAUGAUAUUGAGCAUGUUUCCCAUCUCUUCUCGAGAAACAAGUGGGGUAUUUCAUUGCAAAAUUGUGCUCAAUUUCAUAUGUGGCAAUUCCGCCAAGAUCUCUUCGUUAGUUGGGGAAAGAAUCAGCACGAAUCGGAUUUUUUGAGGAACGUAUCGAGAGAGAAUUUGAUUUGGUUAGACAAUGUGUGGUUGGUAAACAAGGAUCGGUUUUUUAGCAAGGUACGGAAUGUAUUGUCAAAUAUUCAAUAUGAUUCCACAAGAUCUAUUUUCGUUCAAGUAACGGAUUCUAGCCAAUGGAAAGGAUUUUCUGAUCAAUCCAGAGAUCAUUUCGAUUCCAUUAGAAAUGUGGAUUCAGAAUAUCACACAUUGAUCGAUCAAACAGAGAUUCAGCAACUAAAAGAAAGAUCGAUUCUUUGGGAUCCUUCCUUUCUUCAAACGGAACGAACAGAGAUAGAAUCAGAUCGAUUCCCGAAAUGCCUUUUUGGAUCUUCCUCAAUGUCCCGGCUAUUCACGGAACGUGAGAAGCAGAUGAAUAAUCAUCUGCUUCCGGAAGAAAUCGAAGAAUUUCUUGGGAAUCCUACAAGAUCAAUUCGUUCUUUAUUCUCUGACAGAUGGUCAGAACUUCAUCUGGGUUCGAAUCCUACUGAGAGGUCCACUAGAGAUCAGAAAUUUUGGAAGAAAAAACAAGAUGUUUCUUUUGUCCUUUCCAGGCGAUCGGAAAAUAAAGAAAUGGUUGAUAUAUUCAAGAUAAUUACGUAUUUACAAAAUACCGUCUCAAUUCAUCCUAUUUCAUCAGAUCCGGGAUGUGAUAUGGUUCCGAAGGAUGAACCAGAUAUGGACAGUUCCAAUAAGAUUUCAUUCUUGAACAAAAAUCCAUUUUCAGAAGAGAGAUUUCAAGAAAUGGCAGAUCUAUUCACUCUAUCAAUAACCGAGCCGGAUCUGGUGUAUCAUAGGGGAUUUGCCUUUUCUAUUGAUUCCUACGGAUUGGAUGAAAAAAAAUUCUUGAAUGAGGUAUUCAACUCCAGAGAUGAAUCGAAAAAGAAAUCUUUAUUGGUUCUACCUCCUCUUUUUUAUGAAGAGAAUGAAUCUUUUUAUCGAAGGAUCAGAAAAAAAUCGGUCCGGAUCUACUGCGGGAAUGAUUUGGAAGAUCCAAAACUAAAAACAGCGGUAUUUGCUAGCAACAACAUAAUGGAGGCAGUCAAUCAAUAUAGAUUGAUCCGAGAUCUGAUUCAAGUCCAAUAUAGAACCUAUGGGUACAUAAGAAAUGUAUCGAAUCGAUUCUUUUUAAUGAAUAGAUCCGAUCGCAACUUCGAAUAUGGAAUUCAAAGGGAUCAAAUAGGAAAUGAUACUCUGAAUCAUAUAACUAUAAUGAAAUAUAUGAUCAACCAACAUUUAUCGAAUCUGAAAAAGAGUAAAUGGUUUGAUUCUCUUAUUUCUCGAACCGAGAGAUCCAUGAAUCGGGAUCCUGAUGCAUAUAGAUACAAAUGGUCCAAUGGGAGCAAGAAUUUCCAGAAACAUUUGGAACAUUUCAUUUCUGAACAGAAGAACCGUUUUCAAGUAGUGUUCGAUCGAUUACGUAUUAAUCAAUAUUCGAUUGAUUGGUCCGAGGCUAUCGACA